UCAACAACAACUUGUGAUAUAAACACACUGGCCGUGGUGGGAAAGCGCAGUGUAAGGUGAAAUGUAAGCAACGAAGUGAAAACCCCGAAACGAAAAGUGUUAGUUGAAUGGAAAUGUUGAAUGUAUGACUGUUAACAGUUGAAAAUUAUUACGUUGUUUGUUAGGAUUAUUUCUGUUUGAAGCUAGUACCCUAUAGUUCAAGUGUUGUGUAGUAGGGAAGAAAGGCGAGCAACUAAUCAUGUUUUCCUGUUGCCGCUGCGUGAAUCCCAAAUCACCAAAGUACAAACGCAAAGGCGAAAAGGAUGAUGAUUCCCCAGAUCAGAGCAGAGAAGAGCUUUGUCCGGAUGAGAAUGUUUCGAGCGAGGAAGAGAUCAAAGUGGAGAUAAUUGAAACGGAUGGGAAAUCUGUGGGCCCUCCUGAGGUUGAAGUCAAGGAUAAAUCCAUUGACACUGCCCUAGCUGGGAAUGAUAAUGCUCUUCCGCUACCGGUGACAGAAGCAUCAGACUGUGGCAAUCAUUCCGAGGAUGCUAAUCACCAGUCCACUGGUAGUGGUAGCCCAAAACCAUCUUCACCGUCGAGUGGACAUCACUCUCAGAACCAACCAAGUUUGGCGGAAAACUGCGCUCAAGAAGCUCACGCAAAUGAACAUCCCGUCACAGGCAGUCCCAAGAGUGUUACAACGGUGGAAGAAAAGUCAGCAGCAGAUCAAAUUCCCACGACCGUGGUAGAAGUGGAGCUUAAUUCCACCUCCAGUCAGGAGAAAAACGACGCCAGCAUCUCGAGCGAGUUGAAAGAUGAAAAAAAUAAUGCAAUAACCGAGCCGGCAGUACCGGGUUCCGCAAAUAGUCCGGUGGAAGACAAAUCCAAACAAUCAUCGUGCUCGGUCGAGGAAAAGCUUCCCAGCAGCAGCAAACACGAAGACGACCAGCCGAAAGAGUCGGAGGAGAAGCAAACGGCUAGCAAUGGGAUUGAUGGCGAAGCACCUUCAUCAGCCUCAUCGUCCGAUACGGACAACAUUAAUUCCGAAACACUUGAACCACCAUCGGAAAUCGAAGUUUUACCACCCGCUCCGUUUCAGGAAGAACUGCCGACUAGCCCACCCGUUCAGCAGUUGGACAUGGAAAUCCUUGACCUGGACCUCGCCGAUGAACAGGCAGAUAGUUCUGAGAAAUUACGGAGAUUAAGAAGUGACACCAGCAAUAGCCAGGCUACCAUAGAGGAAACAAUCGAUAUUCAAGAUUAUUUACCCCCGAUUGAAAGUAAAUCGGAAGGUUCCGAGGAGCAACAGAUGCCUGGCCGGAGUGAGUCACAGGAUACCAACGACAACAAUAACAGUGAAUUGUGCAGUGAGAGCAACCCUGUGCCACCAGACAAAGCAGACAACGGUGAGACAGGUUCGAGUGCCGAGAACAAUGGACCCAAUAGGUUGGCCAGCGAGUCGGAGCCGAACGAAGAGGGGCAGUUUCCGACCAGUCGAAAAGAAUCGGCCAACAGCGACGACACCACCAUCCGCACACAGUUAUCGUUCCGGGAAAGUUGCCUCUCCCGGCGUUCUUCGUCAAAGUCUUCCAUCAAGAAGAAAGUCGCCUACAAUGACAGUACGGAAAUCAUUCCCCCACCAGUCUAUUCCGGUCUGAUAAACGAUGAUGAUGAAGUGUUUUCGGAUUCCGUACCACCCAAACUGCCCCGUGGAAAUAUGUGUGCCCCCUACAUAACCAAACGGGGGUCCAUCCCGGGACUCGCGGCACUGCCGGACUGGUUCGCCGAAGAUCGAUUGAUGAUGGAAGAGGGUGGCAUCAUGGAACCACCCACGACUCCGAUUGGCCGGGAUGAACUCGCCCUGCGGCGGCAUCGAUUCUUCUCGGAUCUCCUGAAUGCGGCUCAUGCUGCCGUCGAGCAUCGGGUGCGGUUCGAUCCGCUCGGACCGAUUGUGGCCACUGAUGAGGAUGACGAACUCUCCUUUCGCCACCAAGGACAUCAACAGCCGUACGAUACAGAUUGUGACCCGGAUUUGAAGCCCUCGACAACGCGCGAACUAGAGCAUCUCAUCAAUCGGCUCGAUCGUAUAGUUGAUCGUUUGGAACGAACCGUAUCGGCUCGGGAACUCGAGGAAACCCGUCGUAUCCUCAAGGACGUCUGCACCGUAGGCAAAGCCGUGGUGUCCACCAGUACGGACGAAACUUGCACCGGAACCGAGGAAGACGAUAAGCUGCUCGAUUCGAACUCGAACAGCGAUCUGCCAACGGUUUUGCCAUCAACUCCACCUCCGUCAGCGUCCUACCUGCACCAGCAGCUGGACAGCCUCGAGGCGACACUCUUUCCUGAGCUUAACAACUCUACAGCUGCCAAGGAUCAGCCUUCAACGCAAAACGAUACUCUGCCAACCGUUCUCUCGCAAGUAGUGUUAGAUAAUUCUAUUAAUAGUAAUCAUAGUAACGAUCAAGAGCAAACUUCAGUAUUAGAAUCGAUCGACUUCCCACCACCACCUCCUGUUCCGACGGACGAAAGCAUCACCUGUAGACUAGCUUCAUCCGACAUCAUGAGUGUGAACGCUUACGAAGAUAUUGUGUUGGGCUCGCUGGCCAACUUUCUCACCCUUUCCAACAAAAUCGGAGGCGAUGUCCAGGCCCAGGCUGCACUGGUCAAGCAGGUGUUUGAUGCCCAACUUUCGUUUGUGCGAACGGCUGCCGAAUCCAGCGCGCCAUCCAACAACGACCUCCAGAGCCUACUGAAGCCCACUUCGGAUCACAUUGCGGCGAUCCAGAACUACCGUGAGAAACACCGAACAUCGACCUUCUUCAAUCACCUGUCGGCGGUCAGUGAAAGUAUUCCCGCCCUCGGAUGGGUUUGUGUGGCUCCUACCCCCGGCCCAUACGUAAAGGAAAUGAAUGAUGCCGGCCAGUUCUACACGAAUCGCGUGCUGAAAGAUUGGAAAGAGAAGGAUUCCACCCACGUAGAAUGGGUACGUGCUUGGGUCCAAACGCUCGCCGAACUGCAGCAGUACAUUAAACAGCACCACACGACCGGUUUGGUUUGGGCUGGCAAGGGAAAACCGGCGGCCACGGCCGGUGCUAUUCCACCUCCACCACCACCUGGCGGUCUGCCACCACCACCACCUAUGAUGCCCCUCGGUGAUCUUAGCAUCUCCGGAGACGGUGGAGACGAUCGGAGUGCUCUUUUCGCCCAAAUCAACCAGGGCGCUGAUAUCACGAAGGGUUUGAAAAAGGUUACGGCUGAUAUGCAAACUCACAAGAAUCCAAAUCUGCGAUCUGGUCCAGCCCCUUACAAGGCACCGAGUGGUAUCAGCAACGGUACCAAAUCCGUUUCGGCACCAGCUGCCGCGAAGCCUCCAUCGUUUGUCCGUGACGGUAAGAAGUGGUUGAUCGAGUAUCAGAAGGGAAACACAGGAUUGCUGGUAGAAAAUGCCGAAAUGAACAAUGUCGUUUAUAUGUUUCGUUGCGAGAACUCAACCCUUCAAAUCAAGGGUAAAAUCAACAGCGUAGUGAUGGAUUCGUGCAAGAAAUGUUCGCUCGUGUUUGAAUCGUUGGUGGCUUCAGCCGAAUUUGUCAACUGCCAGAGCGUGCAGAUGCAGGUUCUCGGCAAGGUGCCUACGAUUUCCGUUGAUAAAACCGAUGGAUGCCAGAUGUAUCUGUCGGCCGAUUCGUUGGAUGUUGAAAUUGUAAGCUCAAAAUCGUCUGAGAUGAACGUUAUGAUCCCGAAGGGAACAAGUGGAGAUUAUGUAGAACAGCCGAUCCCCGAGCAGUUCAAGACCAUCAUCAAGGGCCAGAGUCUGAACACGACAUGUGUGGAGAGCCUCGGUUAAGGUGUCAUCAUUUUAGAUUCAAAUCCUCCAACACACAGCGGAAACAUUUAGCCUCGUAGAUCGUUUUCAUUCAAAGAACACACAAAGAGCAUAAAAACGGCCCAAUAUCAUUUUGAAAUGCCCAUUUAAGUAGGUACAUUAUUGAGAUCAUUGAGAGCAGAGUGAUACAAGAAAAAAAUGUAUAAUGCUGUUUUUAAAAGGAAAAGAUAACAAAAAAAGCUCACUAACAAAUUAACUUCACUUUACCUUCCAUGCUCUAUCGCUAGUCAUUAUUUUUUUUUUCGAUGUUUAUAAAAUCACGAUUUUUUAGGAAUCAUCUAUUUUCGUAUUGUUUACAAAUGUAUUGUCCAAACGUCUGAUAAAUCGAACAACUUGAACUAAAUAAAUUGCAUUUAAUAACAUUUUUGCUUAAAUUUAAAUUAAUAAAAGCAUUAAAAGUAUCACCAAUAUCAAUUUAAAUGAAAUUUAUGUUCUAUCAGUGAGUUUUUGAGAGUGUUUCAAGGUAAAACUAACAACCUUCAUUCAGAUUUUUUGAAUUAUUGCUUUAAUAUUCAUGUUCAUUGGAUUCUUUUCCAAUUAGUAUAUAUCCAAAAUGUCAUCAACUCAGAAAAAGAAACAUAAAUCCUUCGCCAACAUGCAUCAUAAAAUACCGUUAUGGCAUAGUAAAAUAUUAAUAAUAACUAACCAUUGAUAUCCAUAUUUAUCUAACCGGUUUUAUCUACAUCGAGGACAUAGACGAUGGAAAAAUUAGUUAAAGCAAAUUUGAAAGCAGUUAAAAGUGAUUGGUAGCAAAUGGAAGGGGCUCUAGCGUGAGGCCGAAACUCACGCCCUAUUUCGAAAAGUCGUGUUGUGAAAGUAUUUGAAUGCUCUAAUUAGAACGGUGGAAAAGAUUCAAAAUUAUCAUAAUAAGUAAGCAUGACACUGAUUUGUUUUGAACUCAUCAAUUGAUUUGUCAUUUUAUCAAAACCGGAACUGCAAACUAUGAACACUAAAGCUAUAAAUUAUGGUACUCCAUACAUAUGAA